AUGGCGGCCCGUUGUGGCGGCGCGGGUGCUCCCGUCGCGGUCACGAUAACGCCCUACCCCCUCCCACCAGCUCGAAGCCCUCCGUCCCUCUCCCUCUCCACCCUCCAGCGGAGGUCCUGGCCCUGCGAUCCGAGUGAGACGAUCAAGCCGUUUCGAGUCCGAGGGAUAAUUCCAGGUAUCGAGGGCGGCUUAAUUGGGGAUCGAGUGGUCUCCGGUGUUGAGUUGCGACCGGGGCAAGAGGCGCGUCGUGCUUCCAACAUGAUUGGUGCUGAAAUAAAUUGGAAAUUGGCAAAACGCGAUCUCUGUCUGUCCUUCUGGGUCACAGCUGCGGGAGAAAACAAUGAAAGCGCCGCUUUUAGGGGCGCCGUUAUUUUC